AUGGAAACCCCAAACCCACCAUCAGCCUACACACAAACGCAAAUAACAAAAUACAUACACUACAUCGGCCUCCCAGAAAGAUACACAGUAUACCUCACCAACCCCCAAGCCUUCCCCAAAACAGAACAAGCAUUGAAAGACCUUUUCCGGUGCCAGAUCACGCGUUUCCCAUACGACAAUCUAACAUGCCACUACUCCGCCACGCAAUUAGCACAGAUCCAGCCCGAGAGAAUCUACACCAAACUCAUGGGCCAUGGAGAUACUGUUCCGUCCGGUAGAGGAGGAUACUGUCUCGAAGUUAGCAUCUUCUUCCAUCAUAUACUCCGCGGUCUGGGGUUUUCCGUUUAUAUGACUGGAGUCCGGAACCGGGAGAGGGUCGAUGGGAUACCACAGGGGGAGUUUAAAGGAUGGACACACAUAAUAAACAUAACCCGCCUCCCAACAGGCCAAGAAUACCACGUCGACGCAGCAUUCGGCGGAGACGGAGCAACAAGCCCACUACCCCUGAUACCGGGACAAAUCACACAGAAUCUAGGGCCACAGCAAGUCCGUCUGAUAUACGAUACCAUGCCGAAGCAGACGAGGCCAGAGCAGAAAGUGUGGAUCUAUCAGUAUCGCAAUGGUGUUGAGAAGCCGUGGAAUUCUUUCUAUUCGUUCGCGGAGUUGGAGUUUUUCCAGGAUGAUUUUGAGGUUAUGAAUCGGUUUACUAGUUGGGAUGCGGUGCAGAAGAGGAGUUUUGUUGUUGUGAGGUUUUUGAGGAAUGGGGAGGAUAGGGGGCUGAGCAUUUUUGAGGGGGACGGGGUUGUGGGAGAUGGUGAUGUUUUUGUGGUUGGGAAGGUUAUGAUGGUCAAUAAUGUUGUGAAGUUGAACAUGGGUGGGAGGACUAGGAUUGUUGAUUCUUUUGAGGGUGAUGAAGGGAGGUUUAUGGCUCUGAGGAAGUGGUUUAAUGUUUCUCUUGACCAUGGAAUUUAA